AAAGAAGUGCAUUGAAUGGUGGAAAAUCAUUCAGAUGUUGGUUGCGCACAAAAUCACAUCGCAGCCAUAUUUUUUGGUGUGUAGUGUAGUAGAAAUAUUACAACGAAAUUAGAGCAAAUAAGAGCAAAAAUAAGUUCUCGGUAUAAUAAUAAGAAACGAAACAUUUUACGGUGAAAAAGUUUGGCAUAUAAGGAAAAUCGAUGAAAAUUGUGUACUGGUCGCAGUAGUCGAUGACGCGAGGCUUGAAUAGAUUUAGAAACAAAACAAAUGGCAUAAGAAGCAGAAAGAGAAAAGAAAAAAAACCUACGCAUGACUGUGUGCGCUGCAAGGGAUCCAGAACUUGUAUUGGUUUGGAAAUAGAAAGAAAAACCAUGAAAACGAAAGUUUUUUUCUAACCCGGAGAAAUUGUGUUUUAAAUGACUUUGAUAAUAGUGUUGUUGUUUUUCAAAUCACUUUGUUUGUACCUACAAAACAUUGUUUUAUUUUGCUACGACAAGUUUUUGAAUCCACGACAAAAGUACUAUACGGGUGGUGGUGGUGGUUCAUCCUCGACGACGGCGACAUCGGGUAGUUCUUAUCAUCAGCGACAACGUUCGAGCCACUCAUCGAGUGCAUUGAAUAAGGCACGUGCAAAUGAACGGGAGGAAUUGCUGGAAAAGAUUCGAUCACGAAAACGAGCUGCCAAAUUGCGAACAUAGUACGCAAUAUUUGCACUAGUUCAUUCGAAAUACGAAAUCAAUUGAAGUGGAAAAACUUGUACAAAUCAACGAUUCCAAUUAAAAUCUCAUAAAAAAAUGUUCGGUUGCUAUGAUACAAAGAAUUUGAAGCCCAUUCAACUGAGAUAGCAUCAUCGAAGCAGCAAAAACACAGUACAAUAUUGUUGCCAACUGAAAAUUUUCUCCUUCCAAACAAAAGUGAAAAGAAAAACAGUUCUUUGCCAAAUGAAAAUAACAUAGAAUCAUUGUGAACACAUCAGUCACCAGUGCGAAACAGAAAAGAAAUCCAAAGAAAAUUCAUUUUAUUAAAUCAACCGCGGGCAUAGAAGACAUAGUUGAAUUAUUAUUAUUUUUUUCGAAGCGCAAAACUCGAUGGGGUGCACUUUGUAAUCGAAUAUAUGCUGAUACACAUCCACAGUACAGUGCAUAGUGUAGUACAUUUGUUUGAUUGUGUCGCUUUAUCGCAACCGAAUCAACGUCAUGUGUACAACGACAACGACGACGACGUAAUCACGCACAAACAUUACGGAACAUUUUUUUUCAUUCUAGUUUCAGCUGUGUGUGAUUAGAAUCGGGCCCCGGGUUUUUGAUGGUGUGCGUGUGCUGCUGUGUGCGUCUAUUGUCGGUGUAUAAGUGUUUGUUGUGAAUGCGAUUUCUUCAGCUAUUCGAAUACCAGAGUUCGGCGACCCUUUUAUUACACGCUAAGCAUAUCAAGCAGUUGCUACACAUGAUUUUACUCAAAAAGGAAUUUACUUCAUAUUUUCGGUCUCGUCGUCGGCAAUAGAAUAAUAUAUACAUAUAUUGUGGGUGAUCGAAUUGAGAAGCAACCCCAAUCGAUUUUCUUUCUACACCACUCCUUGGUAGUAGCGGUGUGUAUGUGCGUGUGUGUGCGACUGUGCGUAUAUACUGUACACACAAUUUCGUGAAGCGGAUUCACUUGUACCAUUUUUUUGUGUUCUGUUGGCAAAUUUUGGUAACAGCAAUCUGGCAAUGGCAUAAAUCAAAUGUUUCAAUGCAAUAAAAAGAGACAUCGGAGGAACAUCAAACGGGCAUAACAGUGGGGAUACACAUACGGAAGCAUUUGCACAAAGACCUUUUGCUUUUGUCAAUAUCUAUACGAAACGAAUCCGAAAAUUAAACAGUUUACGGGCCAAGGCGAUUUAAUGGUAUUGAAUUACCGGGUGAGCAACAAUCGCAGAAAAUGAGCACGUUUGUGGGUCAGUGCAGUGAAUGACCCGAUAUUGGAUAUUCUGUGAUUGAAUAACUUCCACUAGGAAAUUCAUUCACCGCAAUCGUCAAGGCAGCUUACCACGCAUUCUUCUGUUUUUAAUCCCAUUGUAAAGAAAGUGUUUGGCGAUAAUUUGCUCUUUGGAUACGCAGCACGGAAAUAGUUGCACGGUAUACGAAUUAGUAUUGAAUUACUUAUUGAAACCGCAACGCAAGUGCAUUUCACCCAUAUAUUUUGAUACGGCAAACGAAACAGACGCAACACACAACAAAUGGCUCCAAAACGUCAUUUGGUCGUUGGCAAUAUGGAACACACCGACCAGAAAAAUACUUACCAAACUAUGAACCUCACUUACUACGACAAUUGGAUAUGGAGCAAACGGAAUCGAUCACAAGAAGUCAUGCUGGGUGACACUUUUCGAAAAGCCUAUUUCCAUCCGAACUGGAGUAAAGGGACGGCGGCUGUGCGUGGAAAUCAUGCGAUAAACAGUUGCCGACACUAUUGGGAAAUUCAUGUGUCGCAUCGUGUUUUUGGCACGAGCAUGAUGUUCGGCGUUGGAACGGCCGAUGUGCGGUUGCAGGCAAAUAAGUUUACGAACAUGUUGGGCGAAGAUGAGAAUGGAUGGGGUCUGAGUCAUAAAGGCUUACUAUGGCACGGUGGCAUUGCAUACAAAUUCACCGAUCGAUUCGUGGAGAAUGAAGCCACCGUAAUUGGUUUAUUCUUUGACGGUAUCAACGGAACACUGACCUAUUACAAAGAUGGCAAGUGUUUGGGUGUUGCUUUUCGUGGUUUGAACAAAGUUGAAAAGCCACUGUAUCCGUUCAUCAUAUCGACGGCAGCUAAAACUGAAAUGGUUGUGAGUGAAACGCGACGCGAUUUUCCCGACCUGAAAGAUCGAUGUAGAGGCGAAAUUAUGAAGCACAUCAAAAAUAAAUCAGACCUAGUCAAAUUGGAAAAAUUGUUACCCACCGUUGUACUGGAAUACUUGUCAGAAGCAUUUUAUGAUGAACGACCUCUUACUCCCGUCGAUAAUUACGAUCAAUACAAAGUUAUGGCGAAAUUAUUGAUAUUAUUCUUUGCUUUGAUGAUUGUGAUCAACACCACAUACACAGAUGGAGACGACAGCAAAGCUGUAAAAGAACUAUUGAAAAUUGUCCAAAAGCAUAACGCAGCAUUUAAGAAAGGAAAGACUUCAUUCAAAAUGAAGGUGAACCCCGCAGCCAGGAAACUCUUAGCUCUAUUAUACAAACCUAAGCAUAUAAUGAACGAAUAUCUGUCGACAAAUACCAAACAGUUUGUGAUGGAAAAAUUCCGGAAAGCACCCGCAUCCUUUGACUGGAGAGAGCAUGGUGCUGUAACAGAAGUUGGACUCCAAGGGAACUGUUCAUCAUGCUGGACAUUCGCCGUCGCGGGGGCAUUGGAAGCAUUUUAUAAAAUUAAAACUGGAAAUUUGGUUCGACUAUCGCAACAGUACCUACUCGAUUGUUCCGACUAUGCCCAAAUCGCAAAAAAAGAAGAAGAUAAAUGUAGAACAGGCAAUUUUCCACAAUUGGGAUUGGAGUUUGUACGAAAAAACGGCAUAUGUCUAGCGGAUAGUUAUCCAUACACUGCCAAGAGCGGUAAAUGCGACAAAAGCAUAGAACGCACCAAAUUUUAUGCAAUCAAAGAUAUUAAGCAGGUUAAAAAUGAUGAAGAAACAAUGAAAGAAGCACUAUAUUCGAAUGGACCAUUGGUUGCUGGCGUGUAUGCUCUUGAAAAUUCGUUCGAAUUGUACGAAGGAGGCGUAUACUACGAAGAGAACUGUUGGGAAGGAAGAAUGCAUACAGUACUCAUCGUUGGAUAUGGCCAUGAUAAACUGCAGGGAGAUUAUUGGAUAAUAAAAAACAGUUGGGGCCGAGAUUGGGGCGAAGAUGGGUAUAUGAAAUUAGCUCGAAAUAGAGACAGCCAUUGUGGCAUUUCAUUUACAGUUUACUUGGUUAAAUGAGUGUCUUGUUCGAUGAGUUUUUCUGGUAGUUUUUCCACCAAAUUUACCUCUGUAAACAGUUAGAUAGACAAAUUCAAGACCAUUCUCUCUUGUGAACUGGAUUUAUGGGA